AGGAGGGAAAGCGAGGCCGGGCUGGGGGGGUGCCUGGAGAGCAGGGCUGCGCUGACGUCACUGGGCGCGCAAUUUGGCUGGAGAGCUUUAAAAAAGGAGCGUGCAAGCGGAGAUGCUGCUGCACACAGCUCGGGCCGCCUGCAGCAGCGACCGCGCUCACCGCCACUGCGGCGACCGCAGCGAGGGGGCCCCCCGAGGCCGGCGUGGCCGCGGUUCCCCGCGCCGUCCUCCCCGAGCUACACCCCGACAGACGCCCGCCCGGCUGUAGACGUCCUCUCGGGGGUGGUUUGCAGACUCCCGCUGAGCCGCAGAAGAAGCCGGUGGAGAAGAACCCGGAGCGCGUCUGCAUCAGCCCCGCAGCUGCCCUCUACAGGCUUCCGGCUCGCUGCUCCCAGCCUCGGGCACCAUGGACACCUCCCGCGUCCGCGUGCUCCUGUCCUUGCCCGCGCUGCUGCAGAUGGUAGCAGCCGGCAGCCCGCCGAGCCCGGACGCGAUGCCGCUGGGCUGCCCGUCCCGCUGUCAGUGUGAGCUGGACGGCAGGAUGCUGCUCAGGGUGGACUGCUCUGACCUGGGGCUCUCGGAGCUUCCCUCCAACCUCAGCGUCUUCACCUCCUACCUGGACCUCAGUAUGAACAACCUCAGUCAGCUCCCCCCCAGUCUCCUACACAACCUCCGCUUCCUAGAAGAGUUACGUCUUGCUGGAAACGCUUUGACACACAUUCCCAAGGGAGCGUUCUCAGGCCUUCACAGCCUUAAAGUUCUCAUGCUGCAGAAUAACCAGCUGAGACAGGUUCCUUCGGAAGCACUACAGAACUUGCGACGCCUUCAAUCGCUGCGUCUGGAUGCCAACCACAUCAGCUCCGUGCCAGCCAGCUGUUUCAGUGGCCUGCACUCCCUGAGGCACCUGUGGCUAGAUGACAACGCUCUGACAGAGGUCCCUGUCCAGGCUUUCAGGAGUUUAUCAGCCCUGCAAGCCAUGACCUUGGCCCUGAACAAAAUACACCACAUAGCAGACCAUGCCUUCGGGAACCUCUCCAGCCUAGUAGUCCUGCAUCUCCAUAAUAAUAGAAUCCACUCCCUGGGAAAGAAAUGCUUUGAUGGGCUCCACAGCCUGGAGACUUUAGACUUAAAUUACAAUAAUCUUGAUGAAUUUCCCACUGCAAUCAAGACACUCUCCAACCUUAAAGAACUAGGAUUCCACAGCAACAACAUCAGGUCAAUACCUGAGAAAGCAUUCGUAGGCAACCCUUCUCUUAUCACGAUACAUUUCUAUGACAAUCCCAUCCAAUUUGUUGGAAUAUCUGCUUUUCAACAUUUACCUGAACUAAGAACACUGACUCUGAAUGGUGCCUCACAAAUUACUGAAUUUCCUGACUUAACUGGAACUGCCAACCUGGAGAGUCUGACUUUAACUGGAGCAAAGAUUUCAUCUCUUCCCCAAACCGUCUGUGAUCAGUUACCUAAUCUCCAAGUGCUAGAUCUGUCUUACAACCUGCUCAAAGACUUACCCAGUCUGUCAGGCUGCCAAAAACUUCAGAAAAUCGACCUGCGGCAUAACGAGAUAUAUGAAAUUAAAGGUGGCACUUUUCAGCAGUUGCUUAACCUCCGAUCUCUGAACUUAGCUUGGAAUAAAAUUGCCAUUAUUCACCCCAGUGCGUUUUCUACGUUGCCAUCUCUGAUAAAGCUGGACCUAUCAUCCAACUUCCUGUCGUCUUUCCCUGUAACUGGGUUACAUGGUUUGACUCACUUAAAAUUAACAGGGAACCUUGCCUUACAGAGCCUGAUACCGUCGGCAAACUUCCCAGAGCUCAAGAUUAUAGAAAUGCCUUAUGCUUACCAGUGUUGUGCAUUUGGUGUGUGUGAGAAUGUUUAUAAAAUUUCUAAUCAGUGGAGUAAAGGUGAUAACAGCAGUGUGGAUGACCUUCAUAAGAAAGAUGCUGGGUUAUUUCAAGUUCAAGAUGAGCGGGACCUUGAAGAUUUCCUGCUUGACUUUGAGGAAGACCUGAAAGCCCUCCAUUCAGUGCAGUGCUCACCUUCUCCAGGUCCCUUCAAGCCCUGUGAGCACCUGUUUGGUAGCUGGCUGAUCAGAACCGGAGUAUGGACUGCAGCAGUGCUGGCGCUUUCCUGCAAUGCCUUGGUGACCUGGACAGUGUUCAGAGCCCCUCUGUACAUCUCUUCCAUAAAACUGCUAAUUGGGGUGAUUGCGGUAGUGAACAUGGUCAUGGGAGUCCCCAGUGCUGUGCUGGCUGGCGUGGAUGCGUUCACAUUCGGUAGUUUCGCUCAGCACGGUGCAUGGUGGGAAGACGGCCUUGGUUGCCAAGUCGUUGGUUUCUUGUCCAUUUUUGCUUCCGAAUCAUCCGUCUUCCUGCUCACUCUGGCAGCGCUGGAACGUGGUUUUUCUGUCAAGUGUCCUUCAAAGUUUGAAAUGAAAACUCCCCUUUCUAGCCUGAAAGCAAUCAUUUUGCUGUGCAUCCUCUUGGCCCUGACCAUUGCCACGGUCCCCUUGCUAGGAGGCAGUGAGUACAAUGCCUCCCCACUGUGCCUGCCUUUGCCCUUUGGGGAGCCCAGCACCACAGGCUACAUGGUAGCUCUUGUGUUGCUCAACUCCCUCUGUUUCCUCAUAAUGACCAUUGCCUACACCAAGCUCUACUGCAAUCUGGAGAAAGGAGAUCUGGAGAAUCUUUGGGACUGCUCUAUGGUAAAGCACAUUGCCCUGCUGCUCUUCACCAACUGUAUCCUUUACUGCCCUGUGGCUUUCUUAUCCUUCUCCUCUUUGCUAAACCUCACGUUUAUCAGUCCCGAAGUAAUUAAGUUUAUACUUCUAGUGGUUGCCCCACUCCCUGCAUGUCUCAAUCCCCUUCUCUACAUUGUCUUCAACCCCCAUUUUAAGGAGGAUAUGGGCAGCCUGGGAAAGCAAACCCAUUUCUGGACAAGAUCAAAACACCCAAGUCUGCUGUCCCUAAACUCUGACGAUGUUGAGAAACGGUCCUGUGACUCAACCCAAGCCUUGGUAGCCUUUACCCAUGCCAGCAUAGCCUACGACUUGCCUUCCAAUUCUGGGUCAACACCAGCUUAUCCAAUGACUGAAAGCUGUCACCUUUCUUCAGUAGCAUUUGUUCCUUGUCUCUAGUUAAUAUGUGAGAGGAAAGUUUCUAAAAGUUGGAAACCUGAAAAACAAUUUAUAUCAGACCAGUAGCUUAAAAAAAAAUCUGAGCUGAAACCUGGCUUAACACCCAAGUAGACAUCCGGCUAUGGUGGCACACAUCUUUAAUCCCAGCAUUUGGGAGGCAGAGGCAGGCGGAUCUCUGUGAGUUCAAGACCAGCCUUGUUUAUAAAUUAAGUCCAAGACAACCAGGGCUACACAGAGGAACUCUGUCUCAAACACACACACAGACACACACACAUAGACAUCUCGUUAGCAUGGAAAAGCUGGUACCUGAUACUUGAGAAUGAUGAUAAGUCUAAACACUGCUUGUACAAUUUGUUCGGCUAAGAAGUAAAUCCAUCAAGUUACUUGGCUGAUCCCAAUAUAGGAAAGCAAGUUGAAAUGUUCUUCAAAACAGAAACCCUCUGGUUUUUAGUGUAUUCUCUUGAAACUCAGCAGCACCGUCACUAGUGGCAGGCUACAGGUGUGUUUCACCAGCAUAGUCACUAGUGAUGACUCAGUGGGUGUAUUUAAAUCCACAAAUUCCUUUUUUUAAAAGGUGAGAGUUUUAAGGAAAAAUAAGGAUUUUUAAUAGGCUCCAUUGCCCACAGGGUUUCAUCUUAAUGGCCACACAGAGAUGCCUCUGUGUCUUUUUGCUUUUUGUCUGAAAGGGUCCUUCCAAGACACCUGGUUUCUUGGACGGAUAAUGUGAGACAUUUUAACUCAUAUAUAGACAUAACAUACUAGGUUUUAUAAAUAAGCACUCAAGGUAUCCUCUCCUGAUGAAACAAAACUGGUUGCAAUGCUUUUGAAAGGAAAAUUAACUUAAAUUGUUCCUAAAGCAAUUACAUCUAGGUAAAAUUUGACUUAUCUGAUUCAUUUUCAAAUUUCUGGUGUCUGAAACACAGGAAGUUCAUGGCCAAUGGUAGGUGUACCUAGGAAAGACAGCGAACAAUUGUGGGACUUCUGUUUCUGAGUGGAGCCAUGCUUUUGGCAAGACGUUAUCAUUGCCGCAAAUGGUGUUGCAUUGUAAGAUGCUCAAAUGCAGGACAUGAGUCCCCUGUGUAACUUCACACAGCCCUCUCCUGCGGUGCUAGCGACAAUGCCUCGCAGCACUUUGGACUCAGCAGAAGCUGGGCAAAGUAUUAUUCUUCUAUUUAGCUUGGUUUUAGCAGUGUCCUUUUUGGAGCAACCACUUGACAUGAACAUUGCUUCCCUGCUUAUUCCAUGUUAACACGGGUGUUAGAUGUCUUAAGACAAAUUGCUGAAUUUGAAAAGUGAAAGGGUUUAUUCUUAACUUCUGUGAGCCUUCAUUCGCUUCACUGCACCCAAAUGAAAAGGCUGUUAGGUAGAUUUAUUUUUAUAUAAGCAUGUUUUAUUUUGAUCAGAUGUUUUAAUGUGGAAUUUUUUUAAAAAUACAUUUAUGAGAUGUUUUAUAAGAUGUGUACAUAUAGAAUUGUAUUUAUUACUGCAGCAGAUGAACUGCAGUAGGUGACAUUAAAGAACAUGAUAAUAAACCAUGUACAGUGGUGUAUUCCAAAUAUAUUGUUUCUCUGCCCAUUUUCUUUAAAUGCAUUAAUUGUAUAUAAUGUAUGUAAAUACAUAGUGCUUGUAAAUAGAUUCAAAAUUUGCUUUUCUACUGGGCACAAAAUAAAUUUGUAAUAAAAUGUGUGACUUGCAAAACAAAAAUAUCUUCAAGUCUAUUGAUUGAGAAUACAGACACAUACAGAUCUCCUAAUAUUUUCCAUUUUUAGUGUAUGUCCUUUAUAUAUUUGUGUUCUAAUCCUUUAGAUAUAUUGGACUUAUCUUAAAUAAAUCUUUCAUGAGAAUAAAUCAAAAUAUAUUUUUAGCUUCUGAACUAUCUUCCCUGUAACUGAGGUGUAAUUUAUUGUUUCCAGUGAUGAUUUAGAUUUUAUAGUUUCAAAUUUCUUAAUAAUAUUAGAAAAAAACAUUUGUAAACAUAACUAGAUUAAAAAACUUAUGAAAACUAAACCAAGCUUAAAUUGCUGAGAUGGAGAUGACAUUUCUAUAAGUUUAAUUUAUAAAUAUAAUGUAUACACAUUUCAUGAUCAUGUCAAGAACACACACUCCCAGGAAACAGUGAAAUGCACUAUGACUAUUCAUCCCAUUGCCCAAAAACUAAGAAAUGUAAUUAAUUCUCUAAAUACCUUGUGUCAGACCAGCAGCUUCAGUGGGGAUCUGACUAUGCCUCUCUGGGUUCCAUACAAUGAGCACCAGGAUUAUUGCUAAAAGUAGCCAAGAUUUAUAGCACAUUUCCAGGAUUCCUGGCACUAUAUUCCACUUUUCCCUCAAACUUAACCAUAUGCUGGAUCCCAAACCCAGCCAAUAGUUAUGCCUAGUCAAUGGGAUCCUGCUGUGCAGGCUGUGCUUAAUCAGUCUUUGGGUAGAAUAGGAGCUUGACCAUUCUGAACUGGGAGUAUAUCUUUCCACACCAUUCUGGCUUUUAAAGGUUUUGUUAAAUAAUCAAGUGCUGUUCUGAUGGGCCUGCCUUUACAAAUGAUUUGUGUUUUCACUUUUGUGGCUUUUAAUACUUUUUUUUAAUUAUGUGUUUUUAGUAUUUUAAUGUCAUGAACAGUUUCUUGGGCUUACCUAUUUGAAGUUGAUAGACCUGUUUUGUUUUUAACCUGGAUAGCCAUCUAUUUCUCGGGGUUUGAAAUUUUUACUUAUAUGAUUCUGUUGAAAUUAUUCUCUAUGACUUCGCUAUGAUAUUCUUUUCUUCUAUGCCCAUAGUUCAAAGGUGAGGCCUUUUUAUGGUGUCCCCAGAUGCUCCCAUGUUUUGUUCAUGUAUUUUUAAAAAAUUAUCAUUAAACAUUGACUAAUUAUCCAAUUCCUUA